AUGGAGCCGUCUUCACCCCAGGACGAGGGCCUGAGGAAGAAACAGUCCAAGAAGUCGGUUCCCGAAAUCCUGCCAAGGCCACCCCGGGCCUUGUUCUGCCUGACCCUGCAGAACCCCCUGAGGAAGGCCUGCAUCAGCAUCGUGGAAUGGAAACCCUUCGAGACAAUCAUCUUGCUCACUAUCUUUGCCAACUGUGUGGCCCUGGCUGUGUACCUGCCCAUGCCUGAAGAUGACAACAACUCUCUCAACAUUGGACUGGAGAAACUGGAGUAUUUCUUCCUCAUCGUCUUCUCCAUUGAAGCUGCCAUGAAGAUCAUUGCCUACGGCUUCUUGUUCCACCAGGAUGCCUACCUGCGUAGUGGCUGGAAUGUGCUGGACUUUACCAUUGUCUUCCUGGGGGUCUUCACUGUGAUUCUGGAACAGGUCAACGUCAUCCAAAGCAACACAGCCCCAAUGAGCAGCAAAGGAGCUGGUUUGGACGUCAAAGCCCUGAGAGCCUUCCGAGUGCUCAGACCCCUGCGGCUGGUGUCUGGGGUUCCCAGCCUGCAGGUGGUCCUCAACUCCAUCUUCAAGGCCAUGCUCCCCCUGUUCCACAUCGCCCUGCUGGUCCUCUUUAUGGUCAUCAUCUAUGCCAUCAUUGGGCUGGAGCUCUUCAAGGGCAAGAUGCACAAGACCUGCUACUUCAUUGGCACAGGUGAGCUCCAGGGAAACUGUGUGGGAUCCAUCUUCCUGGUCAAUGAUGCCAUCGGGAACGAGUGGCCCUGGAUCUAUUUUGUCACCCUCAUUCUGCUAGGAUCCUUCUUCAUCCUCAACCUGGUGUUGGGUGUCCUGAGUGGGGAAUUCACCAAAGAGCGGGAGAAGGCCAAGUCCAGGGGAACCUUCCAAAAGCUCCGGGAGAAGCAGCAGCUGGAAGAGGAUCUUCGGGGCUACAUGAGCUGGAUCACACAGGGCGAGGUCAUGGACGUUGAGGACUUGAGAGAAGGUAGAUGGGACAUAGAUGAAAGGAAAGAUGGGACAUAGAGCAGAGCAGCGCUUUGCCACCAUCCCUCUGUCUCCUCCCUCAGCCGGCACUGGCGGCGAUGGAACCGCAUCUUUCGCUGGAAGUGCCACGACAUAGUGAAGUCCAAGGUCUUCUAUUGGCUGGUGAUCCUCAUUGUUGCCCUCAACACCCUGUCUAUCGCCUCGGAGCACCACAACCAGCCUCUCUGGCUGACCCAUCUGCAAGACAUUGCCAACCGGGUGCUGCUGGCCCUCUUCACCAUCGAGAUGCUGAUGAAGAUGUACGGGUUGGGCCUGCGCCAAUACUUCAUGUCCAUCUUCAACCGCUUCGACUGCUUCGUGGUGUGCAGCGGCCUCCUGGAGAUCCUGCUGGUGGAGUCGGGCGCCAUGACACCCCUGGGCAUCUCCGUGCUCCGCUGCAUCCGCCUGCUGAGGAUCUUCAAGAUCACCAAAUACUGGACAUCGCUGAGCAACCUGGUGGCCUCACUGCUCAAUUCCAUCCGUUCCAUCGCCUCCCUGCUGCUGCUGCUCUUCCUCUUCAUCGUCAUCUUUGCCCUCCUGGGUAUGCAGCUUUUUGGGGGCAGGUAUGAUUUUGAGGACACGGAGGUGCGGCGCAGCAACUUUGACAACUUUCCCCAGGCCCUCAUCAGCGUCUUCCAGGUCCUGACAGGUGAAGACUGGACCUCUAUGAUGUACAAUGGGAUCAUGGCUUAUGGAGGGCCGUCCUACCCUGGCGUGCUUGUGUGCAUUUACUUCAUCAUCCUUUUCGUCUGUGGCAACUAUAUCCUGCUCAACGUCUUCCUGGCCAUUGCUGUGGACAACCUGGCUGAGGCAGAGAGCCUAACUUCUGCCCAGAAGGCCAAGGCUGAAGAGAGAAAACGCAGAAAGAUGUCCAAGGGUCUCCCAGACAAAUCAGAAGAGGAGAAGUCCAUAAUGGCCAAGAAACUGGAACAGAAACCCAAGGGGGAGGGCAUCCCCACCACCGCCAAGCUGAAAAUCGAUGAGUUUGAAUCAAAUGUCAAUGAGGUGAAGGAUCCCUACCCCUCAGCUGAUUUCCCAGGGGACGAUGAAGAAGAUGAGCCCGAGAUCCCAGUGAGCCCCCGACCACGCCCCCUGGCAGACAUACAACUAAAAGAGAAGGCAGUGCCCAUUCCUGAAGCCAGCUCCUUCUUCAUCUUCAGCCCCACCAAUAAGAUCCGCGUCCUGUGUCAUCGCAUUGUCAAUGCCACCUGGUUCACCAACUUCAUCCUGCUCUUCAUCAUGCUCAGCAGUGCUGCUCUGGCUGCUGAGGACCCGAUCCGGGCCGAUUCCAUGAGGAAUCAGAUCCUCAAGCAUUUUGACAUUGGGUUCACCUCCGUCUUCACUGUGGAGAUUGUCCUCAAGAUGACUACCUAUGGUGCCUUCCUGCACAAGGGCUCCUUCUGCCGCAACUACUUCAACAUGCUGGACCUACUGGUGGUGGCCGUGUCCCUCAUCUCCAUGGGACUUGAGUCCAGCGCCAUCUCUGUGGUGAAGAUUCUGAGGGUGCUGAGGGUGCUCCGACCCCUACGAGCCAUCAACAGAGCCAAAGGGCUGAAGCACGUGGUGCAGUGCAUGUUCGUGGCCAUCAGCACUAUCGGGAACAUCGUGCUGGUCACCACCCUUCUGCAAUUCAUGUUUGCUUGCAUCGGCGUCCAGCUCUUCAAGGGGAAGUUCUACAGCUGCACUGACUUAUCCAAGAUGACGGAAGAGGAGUGCAGGGGCUACUACUAUGUGUACAAGGAUGGGGACCCCACACAGAUAGAGCUUCGUCGCCGUGAGUGGGUGCACAACGACUUCCACUUCGACAACGUGCUCUCCGCCAUGAUGUCCCUCUUCACCGUCUCCACCUUUGAGGGAUGGCCGCAGCUGCUGUACAAGGCCAUAGACUCUAACAAGGAGGACGUGGGCCCCAUCUACAACAACCGAGUAGAGAUGGCCAUUUUCUUCAUCAUCUACAUCAUCCUCAUUGCCUUUUUCAUGAUGAACAUCUUUGUGGGCUUCGUCAUCGUCACCUUCCAGGAACAGGGGGAGACCGAGUAUAAGAACUGUGAGCUGGACAAGAACCAGCGCCAAUGUGUGCAGUAUGCCCUGAAGGCCCGUCCAUUGAGGUGCUACAUCCCCAAAAACCCAUACCAGUACCAGGUGUGGUACAUCGUCACUUCCUCUUACUUUGAAUACCUGAUGUUUGCCCUCAUUAUGCUCAACACCAUCUGCCUGGGCAUGCAGCACUACAACCAGUCAGAGGAGAUGAACCACAUCUCCGACAUCCUCAAUGUGGCCUUCACCAUCAUCUUCACCCUGGAGAUGAUCCUCAAGCUCAUGGCCUUCAAGGCCAGGGGCUAUUUCGGAGACCCCUGGAAUGUGUUCGACUUCCUGAUUGUCAUUGGCAGCAUCAUCGACGUCAUCCUCAGUGAGAUCGACACUUUCCUGGCCUCCAGCGGGGGACUGUAUUGCCUGGGUGGAGGCUGCGGGAACGUUGACCCAGAUGAGAGCGCCCGCAUCUCCAGUGCCUUCUUCCGCCUGUUCCGAGUCAUGAGGCUGAUCAAGCUGCUGAGCCGGGCUGAGGGCGUGCGAACCCUGCUGUGGACGUUCAUCAAGUCCUUCCAGGCCCUGCCAUAUGUGGCUCUGCUGAUCGUCAUGCUCUUCUUCAUCUAUGCUGUCAUCGGCAUGCAGAUGUUUGGAAAGAUCGCCAUGGUGGAUGGGACUCAAAUAAACCGGAACAACAACUUCCAGACCUUCCCACAAGCUGUGUUGCUGCUGUUCAGGUGUGCAACAGGUGAGGCAUGGCAGGAGAUCCUGCUGGCCUGCAGCUAUGGGAAGCUGUGUGACCCAGAGUCAGAGUAUGCCCCAGGGGAGGAGUACACAUGCGGCACCAACUUCGCCUACUACUACUUCAUCAGCUUCUACAUGCUCUGUGCCUUCCUGAUCAUCAACCUCUUUGUGGCUGUCAUCAUGGAUAACUUUGACUACCUCACUCGGGACUGGUCCAUCCUGGGACCUCAUCACCUGGAUGAAUUCAAGGCCAUCUGGGCAGAGUAUGACCCUGAAGCCAAGGGGAGAAUCAAACACCUGGAUGUGGUGACCCUCCUGAGAAGGAUCCAGCCCCCUCUGGGGUUUGGGAAGUUCUGCCCACACCGGGUGGCCUGUAAGCGGCUGGUGGGCAUGAACAUGCCCCUGAACAGCGAUGGCACAGUUACCUUCAAUGCCACACUCUUUGCCCUGGUCCGCACGGCACUCAAGAUCAAGACAGAAGGUAACUUUGAGCAGGCCAAUGAGGAGCUGAGGGCCAUUAUCAAGAAGAUCUGGAAGAGAACCAGCAUGAAGCUUCUGGACCAGGUCAUCCCCCCAAUAGGAGAUGAUGAGGUGACAGUAGGGAAGUUCUACGCCACGUUCCUCAUCCAGGAGCACUUCCGGAAGUUCAUGAAGCGCCAGGAGGAAUAUUAUGGGUAUCGGCCCAAGAAGGACAUUGUACAGAUCCAGGCUGGACUACGGACCAUUGAGGAGGAGGCAGCCCCUGAGAUCCACCGUACUAUCUCAGGGGACCUGACUGCUGAGGAGGAGCUGGAGAGAGCCAUGGUGGAGGCUGCAAUGGAGGAGGGAAUAUUCCGGAGGACCGGAGGCCUGUUUGGUCAGGUGGACAACUUCCUGGAAAGGACCAACUCCCUGCCCCCUGUCAUGGCCAACCAGAGACCACUCCAGUUUUCUGAGAUAGAGUUGGAGGAGUUGGAGUCACCUGUCUUCUUGGAGGACUUCCCUCAAGAUCCAAGGACUAACACUUUGGCUCGUGCUAAUACCAACAAUGCCAAUGCCAAUAUUGCCUAUGGCAACAGCAACCAUAGCAACAACCGGCUAUAUUCCAGCAUCCACUAUGAAAGGGAGUUCCUGAGAGAGACAGAGACACCUGCCACCAGAGGAGGAGCCCUUGGCCAACGCCACAGGACCCUGGGACCCCAUGGCAAGCCCUGUCUGGAAAAGCAGAGGAGACAACUGACCCAGAGGGUAAUGCCUGGAGGCCGGGUGUCUCCUGCCUGCCACCAGCACCCCAGGGCAGACCUUCCCACGCCUGACGAGAGAAGGCACUCCAUACCAGGUGAGGAGGCAUGUGAGGAAACACCCCAUGGCGGGGGCACCAAGGAGGGGACUUCUAGGUACCUGGCUCCAGCUACAGCCCAGCUGAUCCAAGAGGCUCUGGUUCGAGGGGGCCUGAGUACCUUGGCAGAUGAUGCUGGCUUCAUCAUGGCGACAGGCCAGGCACUGGCAGAUGCCUGUCAGAUGGAACCAGAGGAAAUGGAAGUUGCAGCAGCAGAGCUAUUGAAAGGACGAGAGUCCCAAGAGGGCAUGGCCAAUGCCCUGGAGUGCCUGAGCCAUAGGUCCUCCCUGGACAGCCUCAACCAGCGUCAGGGCUCCCGGGAGACCCUCAUUGCUUCUAGGCUGUGA